UCUUUUGUCGCUGCAUUGCGAGUGCAUUAAAAUUUUCUACUCUCGCCAACUUCAAAUACAUAUCUAUUUCAUUUUAAGUACUACGAGUGUAUCUACACCGGUUCAGCUACAAAGAACAUCUGACAUUUCCUGAGUGGCGGUUAUAGUCGUACUUGAAUUUGAAGCUCUGUGUAGUUUCCUAGUUUUCGAAUUACAACAUAUUUUCAGAAAUGCCACAAGAUAUGAAUGUUUUACGUUGUUAUUCUUGCAAAAUGUACCAAGUACAUAUAGUGAAGAAAGCACGCAAAUGGCAGUGCAAAUUGUGUAAUGCAAAACAAUCCAUACAGAAGGUAUAUUUUCAAGGAUCUGGCAAAGACUGUCGUCUUCAUGUUCAACAUUUGAAUUAUUUGAAGACAAAUGACGUAUCAUUUUCCUUAUAUCAAGAGAACAGCAAUGAUGAUUGUAACACUACCAACACUGUUCAAGAAUUAGACAUUGAUAAACCUGUUGAAAGUGAGUGGGCAAAAUAUCUAUACUCGCCAAAGGAAGAAUAUCUAUCUGAUGCACAAAAUUCAUUUUCUAAUAGUAUUCAUGAGACUGAAGAUAUGAUAACAAAAGAGAAAUGUAAUGCUAUAAAUAAUGAUUUAUGUGAUUCUGAAGAUAUUGUAGAUGAUUUUGUAAGUGAAAAUAUUGCUGAUAAAACGGAGAAGAUAUGUUCUACAAGUUAUAAUUGUAGAAUCGAAGAUAAAUGUAAUUUGCAAGAUAGCGGUAAAUCAAACAAAGAUCAUAAUGAUAUUGCUAACAUCUUUGAAACUUUUAGUGAAUUAGAUGAUCCUAUCGAUAUUUAAUUUUCAUGAAUGAUUGGAUAGUUCCUAUGUAAAUUAGUAAAAGAACACUG